CACAGGCUCCGCGGGCUGCGCCGUGCGUGGGACCCGAAAUGGCUCUGUCGUAGGAGCGGGACCCGCGUGCCCGCGAACGCGGACGGAGGGCACGCACCAAUACAAAAGCGGGGUGUCGGCCUUCCACCACCCUGGGCCGUCCAAGUUGCCGAAGGGGAUUCUGGCCGAGUCCUGGUCACUCUGGCGCGCCCUGGGCAGCCCCAUGGGAAACAGGCCUGGAAUUCCUGUAGGGAGAGUGGGGGAAGGGGAGCCAGCAGGGAUUCCAGAGUUACUGCUCUGGGCCGGCCUUUGGCCACCAGGAAAAGACCCCUGCCACCGAAUAGAGAAUUCGUUCUGUGACCUUACCGGGGGAGGAGGUGACCCCCAAAGGCAGCAAUGCGCUUCCUUAGUGAAGAGCGACACUCAUUUGAACAUUCAGGAUCCAUUAAGGUCACUGUCACGCAGGCUGUGGGGCUUAAGGCUGGAGCUGUGGCUUUGUUGGGGGAGGGUUGGACACUGGUGAGAACACAGAGAUGACGCCCCAGAACGCAGAGCCUCACAUAUGUUUUCUCUCCCCUCCCCACAGGUAAGGCUGGCCUCUCUGCAGUCAGAGGUCUGAGCUCUGCCAUGGGGGUAGGGGUGUCUUUAUUGCUGCAGUUUUCUCUGACAUCUGGGGGCUAUCGGAGUGUGGGCCGAAGCAGGCGCUGCAGCGGCAGAAGUAUCCCCAAGAACAUCCCCAGGAAGAGCUGGAAAAAGCCUCAUCCCCAGCUCUGCAAUCUUCAGGCAGAGGAAGAGCCAAUGCUGGAACGGCGCUGCAGGGGCCCCAUGGCCAUGGGUCCAGCCCAGCCCAGGCUCCUUUCAGGGUCCUCCCAGGAGUCACUUCAGACCUUGGAGAAGGAGUCCAGCGGGCUGAGGCACCAGGGCACCAAACUGGCCCAGUCAGGCAGUCAAGCCCUAGGCAGGGCCCGUCGCUGUGCCCACUGUCGAAGGCACUUCUUGAGCUGGGUGGCCCUGUGGCUUCAUACCCGAAGGUGCCAGGCGCGGCUCCCUCUGCCCUGUCCUGAAUGUGGGAGGCGCUUCCGCCAUGCCCCUUUCUUAGCACUGCACCAUCAGGUCCAUGCUGCUGCCACACCAGACGUGGGCUUCACCUGCCACCUCUGUGGGCAGAGCUUCCGAGGCUGGGUGGCCCUGGUUCUGCAUCUGAGGGCCCACUCGGCUGCAAAGCGGCCCAUUGCUUGUCCUGAAUGUGAGAGACGCUUCUGGCGACAAAAGCAACUUCGAGCACAUCUGCGGCGGUGCCAUCCCCCUACCCCUGAGGCUCGGCCCUUCAUAUGUGGCAACUGUGGCCGGAGCUUUGCCCAGUGGGACCAGCUGGUUGCUCACAAGCGGGUGCACGUGGCUGAGGCCCUGGAGGAGGCGGCAGCCAAAGCUCUGGGGCCAAGGCCCCGAGGUCGCCCUGCUGUGACCGCCCCUAGGCCUGGUGGGGACGCCGUGGACCGCCCCUUCCAGUGUGCCUGCUGCGGCAAGCGCUUCCGCCACAAGCCCAACCUGAUCGCCCACCGCCGAGUGCACACUGGUGAGCGUCCCCACCAGUGCCCAGAAUGCGGGAAGCGCUUCACCAACAAGCCCUACCUGACCUCGCACCGUCGCAUCCACACUGGCGAGAAGCCCUACCCGUGCACUGAGUGCGGGCGCCGUUUCCGGCACAAACCCAACCUGCUGUCACACAGCAAGAUCCACAAGCGGUCUGAGGGCUCCGCGCAGGCCACCACCGGUGCUGCGAGCCCCCAGCUUUCAGCCGUGGUGCUGGAUCCCUCGGCAGAGCCCGGCCCUGAGAAGAUUGCUCCGGAGCCCGCGGCGGAGCCUCCACCUGAGGCCCCCUUGGAACCCCCACGAGACCAGGCCCAGGCGACCCCAUCCCUGUACAGCUGCGACGACUGUGGGCGCAGCUUCCGGCUGGAGCGCUUCCUGCGCGCGCACCAGCGGCAGCACACCGGGGAGCGGCCCUUCACCUGCGCCGAGUGCGGGAAGAACUUCGGCAAGAAGACCCACCUGGUGGCGCACUCCCGAGUGCACUCCGGCGAGCGACCCUUCGCCUGCGAGGAGUGCGGGCGCCGCUUCUCCCAGGGCAGCCACCUGGCCGCCCACCGGCGCGACCACGCCCCCGAGCGGCCCUUCGUCUGCCCCGACUGCGGCAAGGCUUUCCGCCACAAGCCCUACCUGGCCGCCCACCGGCGCAUCCACACGGGCGAGAAGCCCUACGUCUGCCCCGACUGCGGCAAAGCCUUCCGCCACAAGCCCUACCUGGCCGCCCACCGGCGCAUCCACACGGGCGAGAAGCCCUACGUCUGCCCCGACUGCGGCAAAGCCUUCAGCCAGAAGUCCAACCUGGUGUCCCACCGGCGCAUCCACACGGGCGAGCGGCCCUACGCCUGCCCCGACUGUGACCGCAGCUUCAGUCAGAAGUCCAAUCUCAUCACCCACCGCAAGAGCCACAUUCGAGAUGGCGCCUUUUGCUGUGCCAUCUGUGGCCAGACCUUUGACGAUGAGGAGAGACUCCUGACCCACCAAAAGAAGCAUGAUAUCUGAGAAGGGCAGGGCCUGUGGGGGACGGAGACAGGCCCUGGGCUCCUUCGCAGCAGGAGUGUGGCAGUGGCUUGGGUAGCUCGUGUUGGAGCUGGUGACGGAGAGGGAUGCGAAUUCAGAAGGGAAAGAAGAGGCGGGAGUGAGCUGGGCCCUGUUAGUGAGGGAGUAAACCCGGAUGGCCAGGAAAGCCCCUUAGAGCCGUGUUUCUGACAUUCACCUUGACUGUUCUAUGCCCUGGAAAAGUAGCAAUAGCAGCUCCAUUUACCCUUAGUGCCCUUGGCUACAGGAGCCACCGGUGGGAAGGAAGAGUCCAUCCUCUGGUGUUAACGCCUUAAUGUCCCAGUCUUUAUAUGAGUUACUUCAGGUCACUUUUGAAAAUAGGUGUGGUACAGUCCUUAGUAAAGGAAAGCUCCGGAGGAAAAGUGGACCAGCUAGAUAUGCCUUGGAGAACCUGCUGGCCUUGUCAGGCAGCUGGGGCCUCUUCAGCCCAAGAGAUGAAACUAAGCUGGUUUUACCUGUGCCCCCUUCCUGAUGCCCCUGCUGAAAUCCCAGGCGUGCAGAGGCCGAUAUACUGCCAGUGAUUCAAUCCUCGUCCUCCCUGAAGAUCACCUUCCCAGGCGUUUCCUCCUUGGUCUGUCUGGCUUUAUCUAAUUGGCCCUCCCAGGGCUGACCCUCUUCCACUCUUUCCAAAGCUCAUUGUGGAAGGAAGGACUGGCCCACUGAUGCUGGAGGGUCAGCUGAAGGGAAGAUCCUGGUUGAGGGUCCUUUUCAAGAUUUCCAGCAUGUGGAUAUUAGCCUUUCCUGGUGACAGGGAGCUCCCACCUCCUGAGGCCCUGGUUCUAUUGUAGGAUGAUUCUAAUUGCUAGAAAUUCUUCCUUAUAAUGAUCGAAUUUUGCUUUCCUAUAAUUUCUAUCUAUUGGGCCUUGUUCUGUUCUCUGGAUCUAAACAGAACAACCACUUACCCUCCUUUUCAGACUAGAGAAUAAAGAUUUGGUUUUAGAAC